AUGAUAAGCUUACAUACAAUUUUAGAUGGAUUUAAAAAACAGGAUGAACCUAACAGUAAUCUUUAUAGAAUGCAGUUAACUGAGAAAUACAAGUUUGUACAAGUUUUAAAUAUCCCAACGUUUCUUCAGGAUUGGGUUUACGAACAAAUCAAAAAGCAAAAGGCAGAUUUACUUAAUAAUGAAAUAUCCCCAUUUGAUGCAAUAAAAAAUGUUUCAGCUAAACACUCACAUUUCGUCAAGUAUCUUGCUUUAGAAGGUUCAGUCAAUCAAAGUUUAACCUACCUUCCAUCAACGGUCAAAAUGAGUUUGCAGUGGCCUGAUCAAGAAAAAUCAGAUAUAUUUGAUUCCAAUGAAACAAAAAAUUCAACAGUGUGUUCAAACGAUUGUGUUAAUCCCGAAGAAAGUGGCUACAAGAAUGACAACUGUACUAAUGUGAUGAUUCAGCCACCUAAAUGUGGACAGAGAAGUUCUAGUGUUACAACACCAGAUAGGUUUUCAGAAACAUCUAGUGAUAGAAACAUAGAAUCUUGUUCGACAUGCGAAAAAGUUUAUCCACCAACUCCUGUUGCCUCCAAAUCUACCGUGCUUCUCCGUCGCCCAAGAACUCCCACUUUGGGAAGAGCUGCUUUAUUUGUUCGUGCAUCAUAUAUGGGUGUGGAUAAGUCAGGAACACCAACUAGUUUAUCAUUUUCAAAACAAAGUACAAAACGAGAUACUGUGUUAUCAAAUGAUUCUCAUUUCAGUGAUUUUCCGAAUUUAUCCAGUACACAGUCAGGUUUUAUUAGUCGUAGUUCAAGUCUAAACUCUGAACUCAGGGAAUUCAAUCAAAAUACACAGCAAAGUUUUAACCGAUUAUGUGUUAAAAAUAACUCAUCACAAACUAAUUUACAACCAUUUAAUCUGAAUGGACGUCAGUAUGAAACGAAAAUUCCAAAAGCUACAUCAAGUAGAUAUAAUUGUCAUGCUUAUGAUACUGUUCCGUUGGAUAAACUUGAAUGUUUGAAAUUAAUUCCUUCAGUACAAAUGUUGAGUAAAAGUUCUGAAGUAAAUUCAGAAUCAACAAAUUUAGCAUUUAUCAAAUCAUCUGAUAAUGUUCCAACUACAAUUUCUUCUUUACAUGGAGAUCAAAAACUACAUUCACAUACUAGUGAGUAUAACACUGAACAAAAUCAAACUGAAGUGAUGGAAUCUAAUAUUUUGCAAGAUACAAGACAUUCUAUUGAUAUGUUGAUUACGUCAUCUUCAGAAACUGAAGUAUCAGUUGUGACUCACAAAAAACCAAUAAAAUAUGAAUCUAACCGUACUGUGGAAAUCUCUAAUCUCCAGCCUAAUCCACAAUCCUUUUCAAAAAAUUGUAGCAAUAUUUCAAAUUCACGUAAAUCAGUUGAAAUUCCAAAAGCUUCAGUGCAACCUAUAAGACAGAAACCUGUCAAGACUAUUAUUGGAGCAGAAUUACCAACUUCACCAAGAUCUCGUAGUUCACAAAAAUCAAGUCAUCCAUUUUAUUCAAAAUCAAAUAAAAAUUUAACAAAAAAAUUCAGUGAAUCAAUUAGUAACACUGAAACCAGUACUGAAAUACCGUUUCCCAAACAUAACUUAGAAUAUACUAAACAAUUUCAAAAUGAAACAUUGAUCGAUCAUUCAGUUAACAUAGGAUCAUUUGUUUUACGCAGACGUGCCAAACCGGAAUUGGAAAAUGAACAACAUAAAGAUGUAUCACUUCGGAUAUCCAUACAAGAAGUUAAAAAUCUUUCAGCUAAAGGACGAUACUUUUGUGAAAUAUGUUUGGAUCGUACAUUAUAUGCGCGCACCACUAGUAAACUGUCAGAUGGAACUGUAUUCUGGGGGGAACAAUUUGAUUUAAAUAAUUUGCCUAUAAUAUCCAUUAUGACAAUAAAUUUAUUCAGGCAAGCAACUUCUGUAAAAGACAAACGACAAAGGAAUAAAAAUCAGAAUCAAUUUAUCGGUUAUGUUACUAUUCCACUAAACGAUGAUUCACAACAAUGUGAGAUACAAAAAUGGUUUACGAUGCAACCUCCACAGAUUAAUUCAAAUUUAAAUUAUCUAGAAAAUUUACAAGUUCGUCAUCAACAACAAACAGAUACAAAUCAAACACCAUCGACCAAUUCUUCAAAUGGUGUAUCAGGACGAUUUCGUAAACAUUCGAUUCCAGCUUCAUGUUUUGGAUAUUCUAAUUCAUUUUCAAUUAUACCCAAUUCACAGUAUACUACUAAUAAUAAUCAUAAAUUAAAUGAUGAUAAUGAACCAAAGUAUAACCAUAUGGAACUAUCAAAAAAGAAAUGUUCAUGGACUGCUGGUGUCAGUACAGAUAGUAAUUUUAAUAAAACUAAUAAAAUUAUUUCUAAAUCAUCAUCGUCUACAUCAAGUGCUACUUCACCAAAUCUUUCACCUAAUAGUAAUUCAGUUACAAAUAAUUUUAUUUUACCUGAAAAUUCUUUACCUCAACUAAGAAUGAUGAUUCAUUAUCAAACAGUUGAUAUUCUACCGAUUGCUUGUUAUAAUGAAUUGAAAGAGUUCAUCAAAACAAAAUAUUUAGAUUUAAUCAGAAACUUGGAACUUAAAUUAUCAGCUAAACAAAAAGAAGAAUUGACCAGUUGUUUUGUAAAUAUUUUUGAAAAACUACCAGAUUUAUCUGUAGCGGAAUUUUUAUCAGUACUACUUCGUGAAGAUUUAAGUAAUAAUGGAAAAGAAUCUAUGAUAUUUCGAGCUAAUUCAGCAGGAUCAAAAGCAAUGGAAUGUUAUAUUAAAUUAGUGGGAACUGAUUAUUUACGAUACAUUCUUGGUCCAGUAAUCGACCAAUUACUUGUUAUUGGAGAUGACUUCGAAAUAGAUCCUUCUAGAUUAGGAGCUUCUAAUGAUUCAUCUACUUCAUCAAACAACCGAAAUACAUUAUCUGCUAUACUAGAAAGAAAUCGUACUGCUUUACUAAAAAAUGUUGCAAUGAUCUGGCGAAGAAUUGAAUCAAGUCAAUGUAAACUACCGAAAGAAUUACGUGAUGUUUUCACUGUACUAGCAUUAACAAUUGAAGAAACACAUGGAGUUCAAUCAGCGGCACAUUUAAUUUCAAGUUGUUUAUUUCUACGUUUUAUUUGUCCAGCUAUACAUGGUCCAGUAUUAUUUGGUUUAACAUCAUCUAUACCAGAAAAUAAUCGUAUUUCUAGAAAUUUAACAUUAAUUGCAAAAGUUUUACAAAAUUUAGCUAAUUUAACAUUAUUUGAAGAUAAAGAAAUUCAUAUGAAAGUAUUAAAUUCAUUUAUUGAACCAGAAAUACCAAUUAUGUAUAAAUUUCUUCGAUCAAUUGCUUCAAAUACCGAUUCUAAUUAUCAUUUAUCAACUAAUUCUGAUUGUCAUGAAUUUAUUGAAUUAGGAUAUGAAUUUGCAAAAUUAACUCAAUUACUUAAUCUUUAUAUUAAUAAAAUUAAUAUUACACCACAAAUUGCUGAAUUACCAGACCUACUACAGAAUAUUUCAGAGUUAUUAAAUAAUCAAACCUUUACAUCAUGGAAUCAUAAAAGUCAGACCAGUUUUGAAAGAAACACAAAUAGUAAUUCACAUUCUUCUAGAAGUGGAAUACCAAGACAUCAUAGUCUCUCAAACAAUAAUCCUAUUUCGGGUGUCGAUAACAGAAGGCAAUCAGAAGCGACUACCAUCAUAAAAACCAUCAGUCAUACACUAGACAUUAUAAACAAACGUAUUUUUAAUGUAUCACUAUUUGUCAAAAAGAAUUUUAAACAACAGUUAACAAGGAAACUGACUAAGUUACACGUAGACAGAAAACUAUCACCGGAAGCACCUAUAAAUGUAAAACCAAUACAUAAUCAACAAGAACCUAAUAAUAAUGCUACUUCAAAUAGUUCAGCUAAUAGUAAUGAAUUUAUUUCAAAUACAAAACAAGAAAAAUCGUGGGAUACAUUUAUUAUAAAAAAAGAAUAUUUACCAUGUAAAUUUAAUUCUGCCGAUAUGAUAUUUAAACAAAUACACAUAAAUGACCUUGAACAGUCAGAAAACAUGGAGGAGUUAUUAAGUCAAUAUCGUGAACAAUUACGUCAAAUUCCUAAUAAUAAUGCCAAUAUCAAUGGAAAUAAUAACCAUAUAAACAACGGAAGAUCUGAUAGAAAUUUAUCAAGACAAAGUACUGAUGAGAAUAGUUAUCGUCAAGUAAAACGAAAAAUAAUAAAUUCAAAAUCCGAUAAUUCAACACCUAUACCGUUAGAUCGUGUGUUGAAAAAAGCGCAGUGUCCAUAUCAAAAUUCAGACAAAACGAAUAAUAAUUCAAUAAGUAAAGAUGAUGAUGAUGAUGAUGAUGAUGACGAUGGAGAUGAAGAUGACGAUAAUUAUACCAGUGAGUGUGCUAUUGGUAGAACAUUAGUUCCUACUCAUUCUGCAUCUAUAACUAUUGAUCGUUCAAGUACAAGCGAUAGUGAUUAUGACUAUGACGAUUGUGAUGAUAAAAUCACAGAAUGUACUACUGAAGAUACAAGUGAAUACACAAAGAAAACAACCACAAAAAAUAACAAACCAAGAAGAAUUUCCGCAAGACAAAAUCAUUUGUCUGAAUCUCCAAGUCUGGAUCAAUUAGCUGAAAAAUUACAAGAAUUGAAAAAAAUGCUUCAAUUAGAACGUCAAGAAAUUGAAGAAGUAGUAGCAUCUAAAACAGAAGUGAUAAAACAACAAGAAAAAUCUAUUGAACAAUUAGAAUCGGAACUUGAUCAAUUACGCAAAGAGCAUAGACCAUUAAAAAUGAAACCAUCGAAUGGUAGACAUACAAGUAAAUCAACUUCACGUACAGUCAGUCCAACUUCAUCACUUUCAUCUGAAUGUUAUUCGUCUAAUUUAUCUGAUACAACUCAAAAUUGUCACAGUUAUAAUAAUCCUUUUUAUCAUAACGAUAUACAUAACAAUAAAAAUCAUAAUAAUACUAACAAUAAUAAUCACUUUUUCGAUCCAUCAAUUACAAAUUAUCACAGUAAUAAUCAAGGUUUAAAUAAUCUUAGUAGAGGUGAACCAGUCAAUCCAGAGAAUUAUCGUACUGAAAAUUUUCAAGAAAAAUUAUUAUGGAGAGGACAAAUGAGUCGAUGUGAACCACAAGUUAGAUGUGAUUCUAACCUACUUUAUUUGUCAAGGGCUAGUGAAGGAACGGGAAUUCCAUUAGGACAUUUAAUUGGAGCAAAUCGUUCGUUACAUAUUGGACGUCGUGAAUCAGAAACUAAACUUUUGCCACAUUAACACUAUACUCAUAAGUUAAUAUCUAUUAUUAUAAUAGGAUAUUUUCAUAAACUCUUUUGACAAUAAUAAUUAUCUUUUAAUAGUUCAACAAGAACUACUCAUACAUAAACUAUUGAUGACAUAUUUUCAUCCUUGAAAUACAUAACACCUAAGCCGAAAUCAUUGGUACAUUGAAUACAAGAAGUGAACUAAUGAUAUAUGAACAUAUUCAUUAAAUGCUAGACUAGGUAUAAGCUGUGACACUGUGAAUACAUUACUAUAUAUAUAUAUAUAUAUAUAUAUAUAUAUAUAUAUAAUACUUGUGUAAACACCCCAGGAU